UUCCAGUUAAAAUGAAAAGGCUCCUCGAAGAACAAAAAUAUCCAGUUCUGGGGUCGACAAGUAGUUAUGCCAAGCACAUAGCACUAGAACACUCACACCAGCUCAACUCGACAGUUGAAUUAUUAGUAUGGUACGAAGAAGAUGAGCAUUUGAAUCCCUAAACCCUAAAAAUAUUUUAUUAGAAAAACAAAACAAAUUAAAAGUGAAUGAAUGGCGUCGUCGUCUCUGCUUUGGCUCUGCUCUUCCAAUGCUCUAAUCUCCCCCGCUACUCUCCUUAAGGCUCACCCUCGCUUCCCUAUCCGGCAACGCUUCAGGUGUAGCUUGGUGGAGCCCUUGAAGUUCGAAAAUGGAAAGCCUCACUUUCCUCUCCUCACCUCUGGUCCUGCGUUUCCAACCUUCUUGUCCCCUAAUUCCCAUUUCCAAAACGAUAUCAACAAACACGACACUAGGCUCCGUAUAUUUUCUGGCACUGCUAAUCCUGCUCUUGCUCAGGAAAUCGCAUGCUAUAUGGGUCUGGAGCUUGGGAAAAUCAAGAUAAAGCGUUUUGCUGAUGGUGAGAUUUAUGUUCAGUUGCAAGAGAGUGUGAGAGGGUGCGACGUGUUCCUUGUGCAACCCACUUGUCCCCCUGCCAAUGAGAAUCUUAUGGAGCUUCUCAUUAUGAUCGAUGCUUGUCGAAGGGCUUCUGCUAAGAACAUUACUGCCGUCAUUCCCUAUUUUGGCUAUGCCAGGGCUGACAGAAAGACUCAGGGGCGUGAAUCUAUUGCUGCUAAACUUGUAGCAAAUUUGAUUACUGAAGCAGGUGCAAAUCGUGUUCUUGCUUGUGAUCUUCAUUCAGGGCAAUCCAUGGGUUACUUUGAUAUCCCAGUAGAUCAUGUUUAUGGGCAGCCUGUGAUUCUUGAUUAUCUUGCCAGCAAGACAAUAUGUUCUGAUGAUUUGGUGGUAGUCUCGCCAGAUGUUGGUGGUGUUGCUAGAGCACGUGCUUUUGCAAAAAAAUUAUCUGAUGCACCUCUUGCUAUCGUUGAUAAAAGGCGUCAUGGGCAUAAUGUUGCAGAGGUCAUGAAUUUGAUAGGUGAUGUGAAAGGAAAGGUUGCAGUUAUGGUGGAUGACAUGAUUGACACUGCUGGAACAAUCGCAAAAGGUGCAGCUCUUUUGCAUCAAGAGGGGGCUCGGGAAGUGUAUGCGUGUAGUACACAUGCUGUUUUUAGUCCUCCUGCAAUAGAAAGAUUGUCAAGUGGUCUUUUCCAAGAGGUAAUCAUAACAAACACCAUCCCAGUGUCAGAGCAAAACUAUUUUCCUCAGUUGACUGUCCUCUCUGUGGCAAACCUUCUGGGAGAGACCAUAUGGCGUGUUCAUGAUGAUUGCUCUGGAGGGUUUGAACCCUAUGCAACCUUGGGCAUUGAUUGAUUUCUCCACAUGCUAUGAGAAUUUUGUUAUGGAACUGCAAAUCAUUAUCUAUGCUACAUUGGGUAGUUAGGUGGUCUUCUUUUAUUCACAAAAGUUUGUUGAAUGAAUGUAAUGCAACAAUUGAAUGCUAUUAUUUUUUUCUUCUCUUCUUUGGGUUAUAUGUAUUCUGUGUAUGGUUGUAUUUUUUUUCCAUCAAAUAUAUGGGUUAAAUAUGUAAGAGGUUCUUGCUUUUUUUAAAA